ACAAUGGUUUGACUACCUCACUAAGAAAUGUGAGGAGCCUAAGGAUGAUGUUUAUAAUAAUAGAGAGGCCGGCUCGGAGAACAAGGCACUUAAAAACGAGGUGAGGAAGCUGAAGAACGAAAUUGAGAAAUGUAAAUUGGAUAAAAACAGCGAGAUUACUGCCCUCUUGGCGGAGAAGAAAUUUGUUUGGCAUCAACUGAAAAAGACGGAGGACGACUUGAAGAAAGAAAUAAAGAGAAAAGAUGAAGAAGUUAAGUGCGCAAAUGAAAAGCUUCGACAAAUGGUAAAUACGGCUGAAGAAUUACAGCUCUCACAUGAAAAUUUAAAAACCAACUUCGCCCGGCUGGAGGCCGAGUCAGUUCAGAAGAGUGAGGAAAUCUUGAGACUUUGUAAGGAAAUCAAGCUCCUCAAAUCCAGGUCCGAGCCACCUUCAACUUUGUCGCGUCUGUGUAGUGCAUCAGGAAGAAAGAGAGGAAAGAAAGGUGAUAUGAGUAAUGAAGGGGUUAUGAAGGUGAAAACAGAAGCAGAUAAUCCGCAGACCGCUCAGAAGGUGAAUAUCUUCUUGUUUAUUCUUCGUCGUUCUUUUCUUUGUCUCUAA